AUGGACAAAAUUUACAAGAAAUACAAAAAAAGUGGAUCAUUCCAUAGACAUUUGAAACGUGCACGAGAGAAAUACGAAGAUGUUGUUAAAAAUAUUUGUUGCACACCUGCAUCUAAUGCAAAAAAUGAGCAACUUGUUCACACGACGAUCACUGGAUCCGAAAACAUACCCGGCGAAUCGACUCGACACCGUUGUGAAGUGCAUGCACAAGCCAUGAGCUUGGAAAAACAGAGCGAUAUCCCAGAUUCGAACGGGCACUCUGAUGACACUUCUGAGGAGAAUAACGAAGAUCCUGCAGUUCAAGUCUUCACUGGUUCUGAAGAAAAGGACAUCAAUAUUUCUAUGAAAUCGUGGUCUUUACGGCACAAUAUUACUCAUCGGGCGUUGAAAGACUUGCUACAAAUAAUGAGGCAUCAGUACAAUGACCAACGAUUACCUGCUGAUCCUCGGACAUUACUUGAUACUCCACAAUCUACGGGAAAAUUGUGCAUCGAAAUGGCCGGUGGGAAAUAUUGGCAUUUUGGACUUCAAAAGUGUUUAGAACAUUGGUUUGUUGAACUUGCUGAAGACAUCUCAAUAAGCAUCAACAUCAAUAUAGACGGUCUACCGAUACACAAAAGUUCGAAAUUCCAAUUGUGGCCUAUUCUAUGUAAUGUCCACAGCUUCUCCAACCUAAAACCAAUGCCUGUUGGAAUUUUCUUUGGAAAAUCCAAACCCACAAACGUAAAUGAUUUUUUGACACCAUUUGUCAAUGAACUUAUUCCCAUUUUACAAAACGGAUGUACUGUAAAUGGCCACAAAAUCAAGACCAAAAUCAGAUGUUUUAUUUGUGAUUCACCUGCUCGGGCUUUCGUAAAAGGUGUUGCAAACUUCAACAGCAAAAAUGGGUGUCUAAAAUGCACGAUACAGGGCGAAUAUUCACAUGUCUCACGCACAGUUGUCUUUCCAUCAUUGCACUGCACACAUCGAACGGAUGAAAAAUUUCGCAACAAAAUGUAUGAGAAACAUCACAAUGGCGAAGAAUCUCCCAUCUUGAGAAUUACUGAUGUCGACAUGAUCAAGGAUUUUGUAGUAGCCGACUCUCUCCACCUUUUAGAUCUGGGCGUGAUGAAAAGACUUCUUAUUGGUUGGAGAGAUGGUACAUUGGGAUUUUCCGGAAAACUUAGUGCAUUUCAAAUUCAAAAAUUAUCGGAGAGAAUCACUAGAAUCAGACUACCUUGCGAGUUCCACCGUAAAAUAAGAUCCUUAGAUUGCUUAGCAUUUUGGAAAGGCACUGAAUGGCGAACAUUUUUGAAUUACAUCGGUAUUGUCGUGUUACGUGAUAUGUUAAAUGAAGCAUCAUACUACCAUUUCCUCCUUUUGUUCACUGCGGUUACGAUUUGUUCCUCAAAUUUCUAUGCCAGUUUGAGGCCUCUUGCACAAACUCUAUUUGAAAAAUUCAUCGAGGAGUUCAGAAAUAUUUACGGGGAAGAGUAUAUCACUAGUAAUAUACACAAUCUGGAACACGUGGUAGCUGACGUUGAGAGGUUUGGAUCUUUGGAUUCCAUUUCUGCAUACCCUUUUGAAAACUACUUAGCUCAGCUAAAAAGAUGCCUACGACAAGGGAACAAUUGUUUGGAACAAGUGGCAAAUAGAAUCCUUGAGAAAAGUACUGGACUCUCGGAAAAGGAUUCUCGAGAAACAAGCAAACUAUUAUUUCCGAACUUGUUCAAACGAAAUAACAACAUAUAUUGUUCAAUUCGGGAGGGACUACUUUUGAAUCAAUCGUUUGAGAACUCGUGGUUUCUAUCAAAUCAGAAUGAAAUAGUCAAAUUGUUUGACGCUUCAUACGAUGAACAAAAUCAAAUUGUCAUUCGAGGCUUUUCCGUGAAAUUACCUGAAGACUUUUUCGUAUUGCCAAUUCGCUCUUCUUUUUUAGGUAUAUAUAAAGCAAACAUAUCUUUGACCAAUCCUUCAAAGCCUUAUCGCCCAUCAGACAUUAUUUGUAAAUAUGUAGUAAUAAGCUAUAAGGAUGGCUACCAUGUUUUUGUGCCAGUGUUACACACAUUUUUGUAA